GUGAGAAGGAGAAUGACGUCGCACACGAGCAAGUCUUCGAUGCCUGCGAUGUGGCGUUUGGAGGAUGCGGAGUUAUCUUAGACUCCGAGUCGGAUGAAAAACUCAAACAAACUGGGAAUGACGCUAUUCUCAUCAAAGUAGAAACGAUAUUGAACAAGAACAAGAAGAUGCCUUCUGAAACUGAAGAUGAUCCACUGCAAAAAUUUUUGGAUGCGAUUACGACGAGCUGCGCUUUAGAGAACUUUCAAGCUUUUAGCACGUGGUCCAAGUCUGUGUCAUCCUCCAGUGCCAGGAGUAGUCCAUCGCCUGGACCUGCUGGUGGGGUUUUUUGGCAUGCACCAUCAUCUUAUCCUUCCUCAAAGCAGGAGGACGAUGCUUCAGGCAGUUUUGCGCGCAUUGAUCUUGCUGAAUGGCUCCGGCCGCAAUUCGAUCUGCAGAAAGCUCGCGAACUACAACGCAGCAACAAAUCCAGCAGCACCUGUCAACAACUACAUGAUCAUCAGUCUUCUUCAGCAUCGGGUGCAGGCGCAUCACCUUCUGCGACCGGAGGUCAUUAUGGUGAACAAAAGUCGUCUUCACCUGUGUCACCUUCGUGGCGCUCACCCGUUUCUGCGAUUGCCAUGGCGGUCGGGGGUCUCGCUGCCUUCGGCAGAACCGUAACGACAUCAACCACUGACGUACCUCGUGAUAGUCCAAGCAAAUCCAAAUCGAAGCUCUACGAUAAUUUGACCGCCGCAGAACACUACAAAUACUGGAAGAGAGCGCUUAUGCGCAAGUCAGACCCGGUCUUGGCAGGUAACGGAACUGGUUGCCGGUUUGGUGAACCGGGUUCGUCAGGCAUUCAGAGCUGUUUCCGUGACAAAUUUGCGGCAAACGCAGUUUUCGAGCAGCUGCAUUUGAAUCCCUCACACUAUCGAGACUACUAUCCGGAAGCCCUGGAACAGUAGGACAUCCGUGCUCUCCUUUUCUUUUCGUUAUUCACGCGUAGUCAGUUCGGAGCAUGUCUGGGAUUCGCUGCGCAAACAUUUUUCGGGUCAAACUUUCACUGGUGAUACAUGACUAACAUGAUGCCAGCCUCAUCUAAGCUCUUCCUUCUUUCCUCUCUUAUUGUCAGUAACUCUACUCUACAACGAACUGUCUCCAAAGGUCUCUUCAGUCGCUCCUUUACACGCUGUGCAUGAUGAUCGGAAAUCAUUUUCACAAACUUGAAGUGAAGAACUGAACCACUACAUUGACGCGGAAAUAAAGUUGUCAACGUAGAUUCUCGUUUCGUAGUGUUAGUGGAAGUGGAUUGCCUAGAUAGAAGUUUUCGUCAGUAGAGAAGCAUAAGCACCCCUAAAUUACAUUUCCUCUUUGCAUACGACGUGCCGCUGCACCUGAAAAAUUCAUUUUAUCGAGCGAGCAUCAUUGAAGAUUUAUCAAAUGAGAAAUCUCGUCGGAAUUCCAUCAUUGCGUAGGUAUUGGUAUCUCGUAUUCCAGGGGAAUCAUGGUAAUCAUGCAACACCUAUGCAGCUCAUCAUCGGAUAACUCCGAGCUGAAGCCCGAUAAUCACCCAAACUACCAC